AUGUCCACCUACGCCCCCGAAGGCCAGUCCUCAUUCCGCGACGUUCCCAUCCCGGACAGCGGUGCCAACAUCCCCCAGCAGCUCAAAGAAGUCGACCGCAACCAAAAGUUCAAGCUCUUCGAGUGCCUUCAAGCACUGGUCAAGGGCCGUCUGCCCACCAACGACCAGAUCGACAACUUCCUCGCCAUGGCCCAGUCCUCCACCUCCCUCGAGUCUCGUGCCCACAUGCUCUCAGCAGACGGCCAGUCCCUCUACAAGGAUUUCCAGGAGCUCAUGCGAACCACCCGAGGGAUCGUCUACGAGAAGAACGAGCAAGAGCUUUUCCAGAACUUUAUCUACCAUUGCACCCAGGUCUCAGACUCUGUCGGCGCUCAGAAUGUUCAAGCCCCCGACAUGAGUGUUGGCGUCAGCUCCCGAAAGGCCAAGAAGGAGGGCAAGGAGACUCUCGAUAGCAUGGUCGCCGUUGCCAAGCUGGUCACCACCAACGCUGACUUCCGAAACAUCCUCCAAGAACUCUUCGUGCUCGCCAAGGAGAUCUUUAGCGACAGUGCCGAAAAGCUCGCCCAGACUGCCUCCAUGGCCGGCGAUAAACUUUCCGCAAAAACUAACGUGAUCUCCGCCAACGCCGCCGAAGCCGCCCGGACUGGUGAAUCCAAGCUCCAGGACAGGAUUCAAAUGGCCAAUGACAACGUUCAAAAUGUCAUUGGUAGCGCGCAAGAGGAUCCCAUCAACACCGCCAGUGAGACCUUUGAGAACAUUACCGACCAGUCGAACUCCUCUAAGGAUUAUGCCCAGAUGCGAGCUACCGAGAUGAAAAAGCACCUUGCUCAGCAGACCAACGAGUUCAAAGCCAGCGCCCAGGCGCAUGCCACUCAAGCUCAAGAAGACGCCAGGGUCUAUGCUAACUCCAAGCUGCCCGCCGAGAGGCGCCGCUAUUUGAUUGAGCGUCUCAAGGUUAUUGUUGGUCAGAUCCAGGCUGACCCCCAGUACCAGAGUACUAUCGACUCGAUCAUGAACUUGUUCGGUACUUGGCGCCAGCGUGCUCAGAAACCCGCCGGCAAUAUUACUACUGAAGCCACCAAGGUCAUUCAAGAUCCAAAUAUGGAGGCGGCGAUUCUCGAGUUCAAAGUAAUUCUCCAGCGUUGGGCCCAGGGGUAUGGUCUCGAUCCUAUCAUUUCCCAUAUCCAAAACAUGUGGGCAAUGACCAGGGCCGACCCCGAGUUGAACCAAUUUGCCAACGACAUGUCCGUGUUUAUGACCAGAGCCGUCCGUGAGCCCAACUAUAUGACCUCGCAGUACAUUAAUUCUGAUGCCGGGGCCCUCAUCGACAACGGCCGUGCCCUCCUCAAUGUCAAGUACAAGGCCGAUACAGACGCUGUCCUUAACGAAGGCCAGAUCUUCCUUGAGAAACUUAACACCGACCCCAGGGCCCAGGAGGUUGCCGCUAACUUUCAAAAGUUUGCCACACACCUCUUCUACGACAGUCGCGGGAAGCUCAAGUUCAAGCCUCACCUGUUUGACGACUUCCGCUAUGUCUUCAUGCCGGCAAUGCUCGAGUCCUUCCACUUCAUCCCCAUCCCGCGCAUCGAGUACUCUGAUAUGAAGGUCGACCUCAUGUUUGACAACAUAAUCCUCACCAGCACCGACCUCCUUCCUCGCCUGUUUGAGGUCAAUAUGAACAACCAGUUCCGGAUGGUCCCCCGCGGUGCCAACAAGAACGACCGGUCCAAGGAUGCCGACAAGCAUGACUUCAACAUGAUCAUCAAGGGUCUGGAGGCCAAUAUCCGCGAUGUCGACUACUUUGUCCGCACCAAGGAAGGGUUCAAGUUUAAGGACCAUGGUAUUGCGGACAUCUUGAUCCAUAGAAAGGGUAUGGACGUCAAGGUCGUGGGUCGUAAGACCCCCGAAACUGAGAUUCCUUCUCUUGUUACCAUUGACAACGUCAAAGUCAAGAUCCACUCACUUUCUAUCAAGAUGCGCCACUCCGAGCACCCUGCGUUGUACGCCUUUGCCCAGCCCUUCAUCAGGACAAUUGUCAAAAAGUCCAUUGCCAGCGCACUCGAGACUCAGAUCAAAGAAGCCCUCACCUCGGGCGAUAAGACCCUCGCCACUUCCAUAAGGGACACACGCAUCAGAACCGGCAAGAACACCUUUGGGGCUCUCAUCGAUUCUGCAACCUCCUUUGUCACCAGCAAGGUCAAACCCGAUGCGAAAACUAAAGCCGAUAACGAGCGCAAGAAGAACCAGGGUCAUUAUAACCGCACAUCCCGUGUCAUAUUUGACCAGGACGGUCUCUGUGUCCUCGAUCCAAUCAAGCAUAUGGAACUCAAAGUCGGACAACCCCUGCAUGAGGACCCUAAUGCCAUGGCCGCCAUGCCUGUCGCUGCUCCUUGGGCCAGCACGGCGUUUGAUAUGACUGACAUGCACAUCGAGGGUCAACAGCAACUCCCCGGCAUGCGUCGUACUCGUGGUACUCUUGCCAUGUAA